CAUUUGGUAUUCAUGUGCCUUAAUUUGCCUACCAAAAGGAUUCUGAAGUAGUCACAUGACUGCACAUGCACUGCCAGUUACUAUGUGUUUUUACUUAUUUCUCUACAGAUGUCGGGGAUCCGCUGUAAGAUACAGACUGACUUGUGCUUUCACAGUGCCAGGGGGCCAGCUUGGGAUGUGGAGCUGCAUCUAGUAGCACAGGCAGAAAUGAUUCAAUGAAGAAAUCUUAAUGACAGGUUUAUGCAAUUGUGACUAGAAGAGGAGCGACAGUCUGAAGAAGGGACGCAUUCUUCUUUAAGGAAUACGCUAUGGCAGAAGAGAGUAGGAGCCAGAUUGGUAGGAUUAAGGGAGGAGCGCACAGUAUCAAAGAAGCCAAAUAUCAAACUGCAGCUGUAAAUAUCCUGUAAACCUGCUAGAGACUUUAUAACCGAUGCCAGAUUCAAUCAUGGGCUGUGGAACCUCUGUGAAGACCGAGAAUCAGACCAAAAAGUCAGAAAAAGCCAUUAAAGCAGCAAUCCUUAUACAGAGAUGGUAUCGUUUCUAUACUGCACGGCUAGAAAUGAGGCGCCGUUAUACCCUGAACAUAUUUCAGUCAAUAGAAUAUGCAGAAGAGCAAGCACAGCUUCAGCUCUCCAGCUUUUUUACAUUUAUGAUGGACCACUUUGCACAGUGGAAAGGACAAGGGCCAGACUUAAUUUCUGAUAUAUAUAACUCAAAAGAAAGACACAAGUUUAUAGAUUAUGAAAAGAUCGAAAUUCCUGACUCUUAUGAUGGACCACGACUAACGUUCCCUCUAACCGUGUCGGACACUAAUGCCCUUCUUCGUGCUUUCAAGCAAGGGCAGCAGCUCCAUGCCCGGUAUGUGCUACAGCUCUUCCAUGAAACAAAGAAGUUUCUUAAACAAAUGCCAAAUAUUGUUCAUCUUUCCACAUCAUAUUCCAAAGAGAUAACUGUUUGUGGUGACCUCCAUGGGAAGCUGGAUGAUUUAUUACUUAUAUUUUACAAGAAUGGUCUCCCUUCAACAGAAAAUCACUACCUCUUUAAUGGAGACUUUGUAGAUCGAGGGAAGAAUUCAGUAGAAAUACUAGUACUGUUGUUUGCAUUCCUCCUCAUAUAUCCAAACAAUGUACAUUUAAACAGAGGCAACCAUGAAGAUCCAAUCAUGAACUUGAGAUAUGGCUUCACAAAUGAAGUAAUGCAAAAAUAUAAGGUUCAUGCCCGAAAUAUUCUACUUCUUUUGGAAGACAUAUACAGCCGAUUGCCCCUUGCUACCAUUAUUGACAGCAAGGUACUUAUACUGCAUGGUGGGAUAGGAGACAAAACGGACCUAGAUUUCUUGUCUUCCAUUGAAAGAUUUAAGUAUAAAUCAGCUUUGCGAACUCCAAAACCAGACUCUGGACGGGUUAUUUCCAGGGAUAAAAUACAUGAUGGAAAAAACAAAAAAACGUCGCUAGAUCAUGGCGUAAACCAAAAUAGAGCAAGCAAACAAAUGGUGCCAGCCAGCAGCAAAUCUCAAAAUAGACCCUGUUCUGAACGAGGAUACAGAAGUUCUGGCAUUCUAGAAAUAAAUUACUUGGACUCCAGGAUUCAGCUUCCUGAUAAGACUCCUGAGCUGCCGGAUUCCCUACGGAAGGAGUGGAAACAGGUUGUUGACAUACUAUGGAGCGACCCAAGAAGUAAAAAUGGCUGCACGCCAAACAGCUUUCGCGGCGGUGGUUGUUAUUUUGGGCCAGAUGUAACCAAAAAAUUACUGGAUAAAUACAAUUUGAAAAUGCUCAUACGUUCUCAUGAAUGCAAACAAGAAGGGUAUGAGCUAUGUCACAAUGGAAAGGUUGUAACAAUCUUUUCAGCUUCCAAUUACUAUGACGAUGGUAGCAACAGAGGAGCCUAUCUUAAACUGAGCCCUGAUCUGACCCCACACUUUGUUCAAUACCAAGUUAGUAAAUGCACAAGGAAGCUAACUCUCCAUCAAAGAGUGAGUGCUGUUGAAGACUCAGCGUUGAGAGCACUCCGUGAAAAAAUCUAUGCACACCGUUCAGAGCUAAUAACUGCUUUUCAAUCAUGUGACUCGAAAGGAACAGGAAAAAUGUCCAUCGGUGAGUGGGCAGCCGCAGUUGAAGCUGUUCUGCAUCUCGAUCUUCCUUGGAGGACUCUGCGUCCUCGACUUGUAAAGCUUACUUCUGAUGGAAGUGUAGAUUACCUUUCUUUUUUUGAGGAUCUUCAGAUUGAGCAGCCUAUAAAAAAGGUGCAGCCAAACUUGAUUGAAACCGUAUACAGAUACAGAGCAGACCUGGAGAUCAUUUUUAAUAUUAUUGACAGGGAUCAUUCAGGUCUUAUAUCAAUCGAGGAGUUCCGUCAGACAUGGAAGCUUUUCAGCUCUCACUUGCACAUUAACAUAGACGAUUCAGCUAUUGAUGACCUGGCCCACAGCAUUGAUUCCAACAAAGAUGGCAGCAUUGACUUUAAUGAGUUUCUAGAAGCCUUUCGUGUUGUUCAGAAGUUUGAUCGCAAAGCUAACAAAGGAAAACAGAAGGCUUAAUCUGAAACAUUUGGGUGUAUGAUGAAAACUAUGCAUUCAUGUUGAUUCUUGCAAAGGCAAGUGGUCUGACCAUAGCUGCCAUCUUAUUUAAUGGGUCAUUUGGUUCAGAGAGAAACAGAAGGCCAAUUGCCUGCAAUUCGGCAGCAAAUGUUUGGAAUGUGUAUGUAUAUAAAGCCUCAGUUGCUUUUCAGUUUGGGUUACAACAUUAGUGGCUUAAUGUGCAUUGGCCUGAAAUGGAACUUAAUGUUUGUGCCAUUAUGGACAAUUUAUCUUCAUUGCUUUUAAUAUGCACAAAUUAUGCUAAAUAAACUUUAAGCACCUAA